GUUGUAGUUUUCUCGCUUUGACCAACUUUCUGUGACACAAUGCCCAAAAAGAAGGAGAAGAAAAGCGGCGAAAAGCAAAAUGAAGACAAGAAAACACCGAAAAAUCAAAGUUCUUCGACUCCUACUGAUAAAACAGAGUCUGGCGACAAAGAAAAGGAUUUAUAUCUGAUUCAAAUACGGUAUUUGAACGAGCAGUUGGAGAGGUAUCAGCUGAAAUGUGACCAACUAGAGAGGCAGAAGAAGGACUCCAACAGUCAGUUCAGAGCAUUGGAGAAGGAGAAGAAAGACAUUGUUGAGUACCUAAAGCGCUCGCUGCUGGACAAGGAGGCGGAGGUGGAGGAGCUGACGGAGCGCCUGGAGAGUCAGCAGCAGGCAGCCGAGCAGGACAGCGAGGCCCUGAGGGAGCACCAGGCUCAGCUGAGGCGGGAGCUUCAACACCGGAUAGAAGAAGUCACGGCAGAAAACACAACACUCGCGGCGAGACUGGCUGGUCUGGAGGAGUUCCAGAAGCAGAAGGAGCAGCUGAUGUCCAACAUGGACACUCUGGAGAAGCAGCUUUCCAGCCGGGAGGAGGAACACAGAGUUACCAUCCACAGCCUGGAGAUGAACGCGCUGCUGGAGAAGAAGAGGUUGGAGACGGAGAUGGAGAUCCACGUGGCGGCCAUGAGGGCGGAGCUGCAGCUCCUGGUGGAGCAGAAGGUCCCGGAGACCACCAGGUCGGCCCUCCAGGAGAACACGGAGGUGAAGGCUCGGAUCAGCCUGCUGUCGGAGCAGACUCGGGCCCUGAUGGAGGAGAACUCGGCCCUCAGGGGCCGCAAGAGCCGACUCAGCGUGGACGUGGACAUCCUGGAGGAGAUGCUCAGUGAGACGUCCCGCCAGAGCUGCAUCCGCAAGAAGGUGGUGGAGCAGCUGACAGAGAAGUGUCAGCAGCUGCAGGCGGAGCUCAAAGACUGGAAGCAGGAAGUGGAGCAGCUUCAGAGCAAACACACAGGAGAGCAGGCGGAGAUGGAGACGCUCAGACAGGACCGAGCCUCUCUGUCGGAGCAGUGCAGUAAAAACAGAGCCGAGCUGAGUCGGCUGCAGGCGGAGCUGCAGGAGGAGAAGAGGAGGAGGAGCAGGAUGAAGAGCAUCAUGAAGGAAGCAGCCAUCACUCUCAGACAAGCUCUGAUGGAUGCUCCCACAGACCAGGACUUGGACUCUAAGCAGCUGAUGGAGAAGCUGCUGCUGGUCUUGGAUCGACCCUCAUUCACAAACUCUGCUGCUGAGAAAGACGAGCUGCUGACCUCUGACCCUGCAGCAGCCGGAGACGUGAUCCUGAAUCCAGCAGCGAGUCUCCAGUUCGAGCUGGCCCACUACAGACCAGGAGACCUGGGACUGGUACCGCGUCCCACGCUGAAACACAAACUCUGCAGGACGGGAGCAGCAGCGUCCAGCAGCAGCCUCGUGCCCCUGCUCAGGAAGCCGACGAGUCAGAAAACAAGUGUCUCCUUUAACCGGACCGAUUCAGCUUUGACCUGCAGGAACUCCUUCACUAAACUGAAAUAACAUCAACUGAUUAAUUUACAAUUCAUGUUGGAGGAAACCUUCAUGUUCUCAGAAUAUCACCUGACCAUCUGUUUAUGUCCUUUGCAAAGUUCAUAAUUAUUUAGUUAAAGUUACAUAUAAUGAUAAAUGCUAACAUUUACUGUAGCAGUAGGUCAAUAAACUGAGUCACUUUUUCAAAGAUAAUAAAUCUGUGUUAAACAUUUGGCAAUAUCAACAUCAGUGUUAAAUGAAAACGCUUUAUUUAUUCAACUUUUGUUAAAUGUCUUCACUCAGAAAGUAACAAUGUUUCAUCUAAUUGUGUUGCACUGAUCUAUGAUGGAUACUUAACGAUGAUGGAAGUUUCCAAAUCUGCAAAAUUGUGAGAUUUUUGGGUUCAACAUUAUGAUUUCCUGACACCUGAUAAUAUUUCUGUUUAUCCUCGUGUACAAGCCGCCAACAGUGUGGAAGAAAAACAACAAUACCACAGUGUAGAAAUACUGCUACAAAUAAAAAACCUGCAUGUAAACUUAAUCUUUUUCUGCUUUGAAUUUUGUUUUGUAUUGUUGUUUUUUGAUUGUCUAUGUUUCUGAUAAACAAUUUGGAUAAAUACACGUUCAAACGAGUUGGGACACUGCAUAAAACGUAAAUAAUAAUGCAUUAAAUUCAGAAUUCAGACUGUUUAAUUACAAAAAAACAGAAGUUUAUCAGUUUUAUCAUAAAAUAUAUCAUCUUUGUACAGUUUUAAAUUUAAUAUAUAUCAAAAGUGCUUCACAGAUUCUGUUGUAUUUACAUUAUUUACAAAGUGCUGCAUUCACAACUUACUUUAAUAAGUUAAGAACAUCUAAAUGUUCUUAAAGUA